AUGGGGCAUAUUGUAGCCACUGUUUUAGAUAAAGUUGUCGUGAAAUUGACGAAACAAGGAGCAUCUGAGACAUUUUUCCCAUUGCGUGGCAUCCCAUCAUCUAACCCUUCUUCCCUAAUUAUUUAUCUUGGAGCUAUCCCCGGUCAUUGUAUCUAUGUCAAGUUGAAAGAUGAUUGUCCGAUACCUCCGACGUGUAUUCAGUGGAAGAGCCAUUGUUCUGCGGAAGCUAUUAUUUGGGAGUCAUUUUUUGUUGCUCGGCAGGCUAAAUUUGAUAAACUUAUGAAAGGAAAGAUAGUCGACAACAAAAAGAAUGUCCGGGUUGGUUCUAACUUGAAUGAUCCAAUUGAGCUUUGA